GUUUGGUAAACUGCACAGGUGGUGGGUGACAGUUGUUUGCUUAGAAGUCGGAAAUUUAUAGAUGCUGUAUUGUGAUAGAACAUAGACACCACUGUCAACUAAGGAUAUUGAAAGGUACGAAUGCCGAUACACGAUGUGACAAAUUUCAAAAUCUUGUAUAACAAUGGGAGGUGAAGAGAACCACCAACAUCAAUAUCGAGAAUUGCUACAGACACUUAAAUCAACAGCUGAAGGCCUGUUAAUUAACCAAGUGUCAAAUGUAUGGAACAUAUACGGUGGCUUAAACAGAUUGCAUCAUGUUAUGGAAAGAAUUUUCAAGCACGGCUGCCGUAUAUUUAAUCAAGAGGGAGAACCAGACUGUUGGAUAUUCAUUCAAGGUCUUAACUGGCUUCAGCCUUCUCUUGCUGUCUCUCCCACCUUUCUCACUGACUUUGACAGAACUGUCCAUAAUCUGCCACCAAAUGUGAAUGAGAAAGCUUUAAUAUGGAUAUACAAAAGCUUGGAAGGCCAUACAUUAUCUCAAAAACUGUCAUGGCUUCUGUCAGACAGAGAACAUUUAUUAUCAUGCUUUGAAAAGACGGCCUAUCUUUGCCAGGAAAAGUAUGGGGAAGCAACACUUAUUUGUUUGAGAGCUGUGGAGCAGAAUCAGCCUUCAUUACUCGCAGAGAUAGAUCCAUGUUUGUAUCUCUCAACAUGGACAUACAAUGAGUUCCAGAAGACACAUCGUAGAUGUUCAUCAUUUCCCGAAACUCAACAUAAAACUUGGCAUUUUGCACACAGUGACUUGUUGGGUUGGAAAAAACAAUGUUCAGAAGACAGUCAAGCUAAUACAACAUCAGUAUAUGCCAAAGCAGAUUACAAUGCACCAAGUAGUGAGAUAAAGGACACUACAUGCAGUUAUGAUUCUGAUAGAGUAAAUUCAUGUGAAGAAGCUACAGAAUCCAUAAUUUCAUGUCAAGAAAGUGAAAAUGUCGAGAAUGGAAACACUGAAAGAAAUAAAGACAUUCAGACUGCAGACGAUAAUAUCUCUGAGAUGUUUUAUAGUAAUACUAAACUAAAGCGUUGGAAAAGCCUUCCAGAUAUUUUGGGAACUACAUUUAUAAUACCACUAUGCAAAAGAAGUUUUUCAGCUAGCAGUAAAUCACUGUAUGUGAACAAAGUUUUUUUCCAGUGUACCUCUGGAAGUCAUGUGUCUUUGUCCUGUCCAGCAGAUGAUCCACGGCUAGACCAAGAAAAUUUACAAGGUUCAAAUAUUGGCCAAAUGAUCGAAAAUGUAUCAGGACAUCAAGCAUAUUCUAAACUUUCUCCAAGUGUGCUGCAGGUAGAUUACUCAGCAGAACCGACACCAGAUCAUGAACCAGAUUCUUGUGUGACAGACAACAGGUUAGCUGGACAUUGGAAGCAACAAUCUGCAAAACAACAAACCAGAAGUUUGAAUAAAAAACUGACAAAGGGAUGUUCAAAUAACUUCAAAAAACCUAAAACAGCAAUCCCAAAAAAUCUCACAUUGGUAGAAAGCUCAACAAUUGCAAGCAGCACCAGCAGCAGUAGUAGUUCUGACACAAUAAAUGUUAAUAGGCAUUUAGCUGAGUCAUCAGAAGUCAUACGCAAAGCAAACAAAACUGCAACAACCUGCAAGGCAAGACCAUCUGACCUAAAUCUUCCAUCUAGGCACUGGAGGAAAAGUGAGAUCAACAGUUCAGGGAUGCCAUCUGCUCGAAAUUUACAAAGAAAACGAAAAACAGGGAUUUCUGGCUCUGUUCCUAACUAUCCUUUCGAGUGGCUUGGUGAUAGACAGCACUGCAAGAAAAGUUUUAUUGAAGAUGGUGGCAGCAGUGUUCUUCCAAUGACUGUUGGAUUUUUUCCUCGUCCCCAGCAAGGGCAAAGCAUCACCAGUUUCCUUUCUUCUGUUCAGUUUGCCCGACCAGCAGCAGAACUUGAUCGGGAGAAUGCACACUUCAGCAUAUCAGAAGCCAUAAUUGCUGCAAUUGAGCAGAUGAAAUGCAAUAGAAAAUUGUGCGUCAGUAGGGAAAAUAAUGCUGUUGGAGAGGAAAGUGAUGAAGAUAUGUAUCAUUUAAAACAGAGAAUUCGCAUUCGCCGCCGUCAGUGCCAAGAAGAAAAACAGCAUCAGGCUUGGAAUACAUCUCUGCUUAGUGAUGGCAAAACUGACACCACAACAACAGAUCAGAGUGUGAGCCCAUUGUCGACAUCACCCGGAACUCCAUCAGAAAGCAUUUCUACAGAUGAUGUAGAUGACCUAGAAAUUGACGAAGUUAAAAAUUUGACAGAACUUAAAGAUGCUGGCCUCUCUGUUUCAAUGGCAUCACUGUAUUCUGAGGCUGAUCUUUCAAGGCCCCCUGUAUCCCGCACAGGAACUGAUGUGCCUCUGACAGAGUCGAUUGUAUCAGCCGAAGGAGUUGCCUUAUCACUGAUACGGAAGUUCAGUGAGAAGCAGCUGCCCCGUGCCUCUGACCUGCAGUGGCUAGUUUCUGAACAGGAUGCUCCACAACAAUUACUCCCUCUUCCAACAAGUUGGCCUAUCAGCCCUGAUGAAGCAGAAGAUAUGGAUAUGCACUUAGCAACUCCCCUCAGGGGAACUAUGGAGUGGGCACCACCUCGUCCACAGGUCAUCUUCACUCUUCACCCACCGCCUGUGCGUAGGACAUUGAUGGUGAAGCAAAACUACCGCUGUGCUGGUUGCGGUAUGAAGGUGGCACCAGAAUAUUCAAACCGUUUCCGUUAUUGUGAGUACCUGGGUCGAUAUUUCUGCACUGGGUGUCACACAGGACAACUGGCACCAAUUCCAGGCAGAAUACUUACAAAAUGGGAUUUUACAAGGUGUCCAGUGUCAACUUUUUCAUAUCGCCUGCUGGACCAAAUGAUUGGUGAUCCACUGUUUAUUAUUAAUGAUUUGAAUCCUGGCCUGUACAGAAAAGCUAAACAGUUAGAAAAAUGCCGACAGCUGAGGUUGCAGUUGUGUUACCUGAAGGAUUUUAUAUUUUUAUGCAGAUUUGCAGAAAGUCUGCAGGAAGGCUUCAGAAGAGAGCCCACGUAUAUUUAUACCCAGGUGGACACUUACUCUAUACAGGAUCUCAUUGAAGUGAAGAAUGGUACAUUGCUGUCAAGAUUAUCAGAAUUAGUAAACGCUAGUCUAGCCCACACGGAGGACUGUGAGCUAUGUCAGGCACGUGGAUUUGUGUGUGAGCUGUGCCAUGCAGCACACGAUGUAAUCUUUCCUUGGCAGCUUGGAACAGUGACUCGAUGUGGUAACUGUGGUUCCUGUUUCCAUUCGGCCUGCUGGUCUCCAGCACCUUGUCCCAGAUGUGAAAGGAUUAGUGCACGCAGAAAAAGCUGUGAGGAAAUACCAGAACCUGUUGAACCUCCUUAGGUCAAUGUCUUGUAUAAGACUUCCCUUUGAUACAUUGAAAUCUGUCAUCCUGCUUCACUUCUCACAAAUUAGAUCUCUUAUUAAGCACAGGUAGUAAAAAUGAAAGUAUUGUUGGAAGAAAAGAAGAAGUGAUGAUUAGUUAAUGUGUGUAUUAUUAGCAUGUCUAAGUUUAUUUGUUUUAAUCCUCAGGGAUAAUUUUAUUAGUGUAUCAGGUAACAGUGUUACACAUUGAAGGACAAUAGCACAAGCUUUCUGAAUUUUAAAGUCAAACAUUUAUUAUUAUUAUUAUUAUUAUUAUUAUUAUUUGUUUUCCACACUGGGACAUAUGUUCCAUGCUGGAACAUAUGUUAUGUAAUUGUUUUUAUAGCCAUCUUUAAUCUUUUAAAUCUGAUGUCAGUAAGUAGUAUCCACCAGUUGCAUCAUUUUUUGCUGUUUUAUAGAGAUGUAUUUCACAGAGAAUAAAAGGUAUGAGACUAUCAUCAACAAAAGGAAUAACGAUGAUGAAACUGAUGAGCAGUAUAUCGCAUGAAAACUGAAAUUUUCAUGAUUUUAACAACUGCAGUAUCCGUAUUCAUAGCAACUUAUAUUGUUGCUAUUAAAAAAAAAAAAAAAAAAAAAAAAAAAAAAAACUGUUGACAGCUGACUAUAUUUUUGGAACAGUAAUUGGUGACUGCACCUCCAUUGCUCCAUCCUUUCAUCUUCCAAUCUGAGUCCCACAAUUUGUCUAACUUUCUUGAUCCUCUCAUCACUUUUUUCCACAGUGUGCUCCCAAUGAUGUUGGUGCAGCCUCCAGAACAGUAAAGGCUAUUUUUUCUAGUAGCUUGCUUUUUGUGAAGUGGUUAAGAAUGUUUGUGCUGUGGAAAUGAUCUCUUCUUCAUGCAAUUUUUGCUGUUGGUAGGAAAUGACCAUGUUCCCUAUAAGAAUAAAAUCUAGUCAACAAGCCAAAGUAUAGCUAUGUAUACAUUUGAAAGAAGCCUCACUUUGUUUUAGAUGAUUUAUACAGUGUUGUGAUGUGUCCCAUUAUUGCAAGUGAUAAUAAGCAGCAGGCACUGGUGAUAAUUAGUAUGAUCAAAUAGUUGUCAGCUAAAUCUAUGGCAGCAUAUAUUAUAGCACUAUGGAAUUAUUGUUACAUUUCUCAUCAACAACAGCACAGAUUCAUUUUGUGAUAUAAAAUAAAUUUUCUGAAUCUGUAUAUUACAGGUAUAAUAUGCUGUCCCAUAUUCCAAUAUCUUCCUUUUCUGCCUCCUCUCCUAUAAAAUUUUGUAUAUGGAGGGAAGUUAUUAAAUGUUAACAGUAAAAGUCAAUAGAUGAUACUCCACAAUCCCCUUCUUACAAUGGAGUGACAGCAUUCAACAAGGAAGUAAAAUACAUAGGAAUAUGUCUCAGUAACAAUGGGUCUAUUGCAGUAAGACAUUUAACAAAUUAAAUUUAUAUACUAAUUACUGGAGAAUUUUGUCUGCAUUCCUGUUCAGUAAUUACUUGUAACUGAAAGACUUGUUAUAACAUUAGUUGGCAAGGAAGGAAGAAGUUUGUCUUAGAAUGAUAGGCUAAUCUUGUGCUGUUUUCCACAGCUUAAGCAUUGUUGUAGUUGUGCCUACAUUUUGACACUUUGCUCGUUCCUCUCCAUUAGUAGCAGUAAACUUUAUUGACAUAAAUUACACAGUGAUUCUCUAUGGUUGUGUAACAGUAUUUUUGUACUAAGUGAAAUACUUUUUGUGAAGAACUUAUCGACGAAUUUCAGAUAUAGGAUGCACAUAACUCGUGCAGGUGUGAUUUAUUUUGCAUGACAGUGUAAUCUAAAUAUGCAAGAGGAUUAUAGUAGAAGUAGAUUUCUUUUUGUGUGUGGUUUAAAUAUUUUCUCAACUUAGUUUUGCAGAUAUUUUCAGUGUAAUCGGUGCAUCUUCCAGUAACUUAAAAUGCAGUGCUUCAGAAGACUCAAGUGUUUAUUCCUUGUAUACAACUUAAAAAUUUCAAAAAAUAUCUUUAUUUUGUUAAUGCAAUGAGAGAAAAAUGAAUGGUGCUGUUUCAGUGACUGUAAUUGAAGGAAAUGUUACAUUAAUAUAUAAGUUAUUAUCAUUCAACUAGGCAGCUUCAUUUAUCAGAUUAAUAUAUAAUGUGACUAAGUCAAAAGCAUCACACAGUUUUUGUUGGAAUCAGCAAGUGCCAAGGUGUAAGACAAAUUGAUGAUAUAGUUGAAUCCAUAAGGCUGUUUCUGUUAUCACUAUUUGUAAUAUAACACUUGAAAACUAAAAAAAACUUGUUUUUAUCUCUGUUGUUGUUGUAUUAUUACACAAAGUUUUACCAAAGAUAAUGUGUUAUUAAUUGUUGCCUCUAUUGUAAACAAUAAUAACUAUAGUAUUACACUGAUGAAGCUGUGAAAUGUAACACCUUAGACUGAAAAAGUAUAAUUUGUUGAUGACUUUCUACUGUAUUACUAAGCACAAUGAAAUAAAUGUUUGUAUAAAAGUUGUAUUUAGUAAAAUCUGUAUUUUAAGAUAAACUGAAAAUGGUGUGUACUAUUAAGGUAAAUACAUAUUAA